AUGUCCCUCGCGUCGGCCUAUGAGGCUGCAGGCCGCCUACGUGAAAGUAUCUUGCAACAGGUUCAGCGUGCCAUUAUCGCCACCUUCCGUGCUGGUCCUGUUCCGCGGCAUGUCGCCUUCGUCAUGGACGGUAAUCGACGCUAUGCGCGCUCGCAGGGGAAGCACGUCUUCGAGGGUCAUCUCAACGGUUUCUAUGCUUUGCGUCGCAUACUGGAGAUUAUGUACCUGCUUGGCGUGCAGUGCGUUUCUGUAUACGCCUUCGCUAUCGACAAUUUCAAGCGACCGGCCGAGGAAGUUGAUGCGCUCAUGAAACUCGCCGAAGAGCGCUUAAUCGAGUUCUGCCAGCACGGAGGUGUUCUCGCCGAAUAUGGCGUGCGGCUCGUCGCAGUAGGAAACUUGAGUCUUUGUCCACCGGCCGUUCAGGCAGCGCUGCGGAAAGCCGAAGAGCUCACCAAAGACAACACGAAGGCUGUCUUCAACUUGUGCAUAUCUUACUCCUCCCGGGACGAGAUGGCUACAGCCGUCGAAGAAACCAUCAACGAGAAGCUUCAUUCACAGUCCUUUACUCCUAUUGCCGUGUCGGACGUCGACGCACAUAUGAUGACAGCUAAGGCUGCGAGUCCACCACUGGACAUUUACGUCCGCACCAGUGGUGUAACGCGCUUCAGCGACUAUCUACUAUGGCAGUGCUGCGAAGAUACCCAGAUCCAGUUCAUUGAUAGAUAUUGGCCUGAAAUCGGCCUUUUAGACAUGGUACCCGUCCUGCUUGACUAUCAACGAAAGGUCUGGACGCGCUAA